AUGCAGCUCCUAUCCGUGACACACACUCAGGACCCCGGAGACCGGAGGAGGGGCGACGCGGCGGGCUGCUGCGGGCAGUCUCUGCUGUGCCUGCUGCCGCCUCCGGCUCUCCGGAGACGGGGGGCCUUAGGAAGGAGGAGGCGAUGCUCCCCGGCCCGCCGGAGUUCCCGUGUCCCUGGCAGUCCCCUCAUCCCAGGCCCCUCCAAACAUGCAUGCGGGCCAGAGCCACCGUGGUGGGCCGACUGCCGCACGUCCUACACCUGCAAAUCCAACUGGCACGGCAGCUGGACCUGGAGUCGGGGGAAGCACCGCUGUCCUAAAAAGGCCCUCUGCCACCCUUUCCUGCAUUACUUCCCCACCCCAGCUGACCUGUGCGAGAAGAUUUGGAGCAACUCCUUCAAGGCGAGCCCUGAGCACAGGAACAGCGGGCGGUGUCUCCAGAAGUGGUUUGAGCCCACUCGGGGCAACCCCAACACGGCUGUGGCCCGCCUCUUCACCAGCCCUGCCCCAUCCUGCGAGCUCUCCUACACGCUCGGGGCCUUCUCUCUGUUCCUGUCUCUCCUCUCCUGAGCCCCUGCCUCCUUCCACACCCACUCCUGUGCUCCCCAAGCUGUGGACCAGGCAGGGUCAUGGUAGCCUCCUUCCUCCAGACCCUUCUUAAAUGGAACAGCACUGGCUGGGGGUCAGUGGGAC